CCAAACCGAUCCCAGCAUCCCAUGUGAGGAUUGUGAGUCUGAGAGCCUUCAACACCUCUCAUAUCCACCUACUGAUUAGAAAGCUCUCUCUCUUUAACGUAGACCACAAUCACAAGUUCACAACCCUUAUAUCCCAAACCCUGCAACUCAUCACCACUAGCUAUAUCGUAUCAUGUAGCAGAAGAAAAUUCCCACAAGAAAAAUAUGGGGAGGAAGAAGCUAGACCAGAAAUCCCACACCCUCCCGCCGUCGCCAACUCACUCUUUCUCUUCCUCUUCCUCGUCCGACUUCGAGUUCACCAUCUCCUGCUCGCCUCGCAAAUCCUCCACCCCGCUCUGCCGCCCCGCCGACGAGCUCUUCUACAAGGGCCAGCUCCUCCCUCUCCACCUCUCCCCUCGCCUCUCCAUGGUCCGCACUCUCCUCCUCCUUCCGUCCUCGUCUUCCUCUUCUUCCUACGCUGCCUCCGACACCACCGCCUCACGUGACUCCACCGGCAGCAGCUCCAACGACUCACGUGACUCGUGCGACUCCUCCGCCAGGCCUAGCUCCGUCCUCGAGGAGGAUGAGUUCAAGCGCCUCAACAGCAGGUACUCAUCAUCCAACGACGUCGUGGUCAAGCAAGUUCUUCAUAGCUUGAGUUCACAGUCGCAGAUCAAGAAGAACAGCAAGUACUUCUCUCUGUCGAGAUUCUCUUCUGUGUUCAAGAAGGAUCCGACUAAACAACAGAACAGAAUGGCCGUCGACGCGGACCACAACGUUGACGUCGUCUCCGGAUCUAACUCCGUCAAGCGAGCCAGCAACACCGCCAAGGAAGUUCUCAGAAAGUACAUGAAGAAGGUCAAGCCACUGUACGAGAAGCUCUCCCAAAAACAACAGAAAAUGACGACGGCGAAGUCGGCAGAGAUUAGAUCCGAGAAACUCCCGAGUAGUACGGAGGAUCACGAGUUAUCGGUGAAGGCCAGCGAGAGAAAUAGAGAGAGCACCAGUGGAGGGCAUUCUCAUUCCUUCUCGGGUAACCUAAGAUACCCGAGAAGGAGAGGCUGCGUUGCGAGCUGCCCAUCUUCGAUGCGAUGCUCGCCCAGCCACUCGGGAGUUCUGUCCCGGACCAGUCAACCAGGUUCGGGAUCCGGCUCGAGUACUAGUAAAGCAGCAGCAACGACGUCGUACACGAUGGUGGACAGAUCAUCGAUGGAGGAGCUUCAGAGUGCAAUUCAAGGCGCAAUCGCUCAUUGCAAGAACUCUUUGGUUCAGAACAAGACCAUGUUCAGCAAUGAGAUUUGAAUAAUCUUUCAUGAUCGUCGUUAUUGAUUAAGCGUAAAUUAAUAUUAAUCUUGUCAUCUUCUCUCUGUUUGGAUUUGGUUUGAAGUUUGAGAAUCAAAUUCUGCGAGUAACGGUAGCCUUGGGACUUGAUAUUAAUCUGUUUUUUAGCUUUUGGUUCUGCUCUGACGAGAACUUGUUAAUCAUGUAACGUAAA